UGCACGUAGCUUCUCGGGACCUGGACAUAAUAGAAGCUCAACUUUCCUUCCUUGUCCAAACCAAAACCACUUUCAAAUCUCUCUCUCCUCUCUCUUUCUCUCUCAUCGUCUGCGUAGUCGAAUCGAAAGCCGUUUGUUGAUCAUCUUUCAAAGUAAAGGCCUUUUGAGUUGUCAAUGGAGGCCAUCAGAAAGCAAGCUACCAGGCUUCGCGAACAGGUCGCCAGACAACAACAGGCUGUCCUAAAACAGUUUGGGGCUGGAGGAUAUGGAGGUUCAGAUAAUUUAGUAACCGAUGAGGCAGAACUCCAUCAGCAUCAGAGACUUGAGAAGCUCUACAUAUCAACACGCGCUGGCAAGCAUUAUCAAAGGGACAUAGUUCGUGGUGUGGAAGGAUAUAUUGUUACUGGGUCCAAACAAGUUGAAAUUGGAACAAAGUUAUCAGAAGAUAGCAGGAAAUAUGGUUCUGAAAAUACUUGUACUAGUGGUGGCACAUUAACAAGAGCUGCUCUAAGUUAUGGACGAGCUCGUGCCCAAAUGGAAAAGGAACGUGGAAAUCUGUUGAAAGCUCUUGGCACACAGGUAGCUGAGCCAUUAAGAGCAAUGGUGAUGGGAGCUCCAUUGGAGGAUGCUAGGCAUCUUGCUCAACGUUAUGACAGAAUGCGACAAGAAGCAGAAGCUCAGGCCAUCGAAGUUUCCAAACGCCAAGCAAAAGUGAGGGAAACACCAGGUAAUCCUGAGAAUGUUAUGAAACUGGAAGCAGCGGAAGCUAAGCUACAAGACCUUAAGUCAAACAUGGCAAUAUUGGGGAAGGAAGCUGCUGCAGCAAUGGCUGCUGUGGAAUCUCAACAACAGAGAUUGACUCUCCAGCGGCUAAUUGCCAUGGUUGAAGCAGAGCGCAAUUAUCAUAAGAGGAUCCUUCACAUACUUGAUCAGCUUGAAGGCGAGAUGCUAUCUGAGCGACAACGGAUUGAAGCAGCUCCUAGCCCCACUGUUGAUAACAGCACUCCUCCACCUCCACCUUAUGAAGAAGCUAAUAGUUUAUAUGCUUCACAUACGCCUAAUGGACAGGCAAAUGGCAUGGACUACUUUUUGGGAGAGGUUAUGCAUUCAUAUCAAGCUGAAUCUGACGUUGAGCUGAAUUUGUCAGUUGGUGAUUAUAUUGUCGUUCGAAAGGUUUCGAACAAUGGUUGGGCUGAAGGUGAAUGUAAUGGAAAAGCUGGCUGGUUCCCAUUCGGAUAUGUCGAAAGACGGGAACGUGUUCUUGCAAGCAAGGUGGCGGAAGUCUUCUGAAGUUUUCAUCUGGGUUGGCUCCUGACAAAUUUUUUUGUAUGUGUAUGGUUUUGCUUUGUUCUUCAUGUAUUCAAAAGGUGGAGCAUGUUCAAACAUAUUUAUAUAUACAUAUUAGAAAGCCAACCCACCUUUACAUCUAAUAUAGAUUAUGAGUUUCAAUCCUUGUUCCUUUCGAUUGAUAUAUGAAUGCCGAUUGUUGUUUA